AUGGCCAGAAUUCAGAAACUGUACCAUUGCUUGAGGCUUUUGGUGAUGGUCCUCUGUGGAAUUCUUUUUUUAAGUGGAUUUGCGUUCCUGGUUUUUGGAGGAUGGGUGAAAUUCGACUCCAUCUACAACGUAAAAGUGAUGGGGCUUUUUUACGAGUACCUGGACCACCUGGCAUACAUCUACAUGGGGAUGGGUGUGCUCUUGUGCCUUGUGGGCCUCACUGGCUUCUGCGCGGCCAAGAAAGAAAACUGGUGUCUCAUCACACUGUUCUUCUUCACUGUGACGGUUUUGUUCUGCACAAAAGUAGUUGGAAUCGUCUUUUUCCUUGGGUACAGGGACAUGGGUGUAAAGAUGGUACGUGAGAUGAGUAAGAAGUCCCUGCAGACUGCAUAUAUGGGCCCCGCAGCAACAGACCCAGUAUCGACAUACGAAUGCUGUGGCUUCGAGAACUCAAUAGUGGACUUUGAAAAGUCGGUGUUCAGCACCACCACAGGGCUGAAAUAUCCCAAGAUCUGCUGUGUAGACAAGAACUCCAACAAGUGCAACGGUACCAAUACAGCGGAGGGGCUGGUUUACCCUGAGAGCUGCUUUGGCAAACUGAUGGGUGGAAUUGAGGAAAAGUUCACCGUCAUUGGAGGCACAGUCAUUGGCAUAUGUGUGGUGGAGCUCUUGGCCAUGAUGAUAUCAAUGGUGCUCUUUGUAAAACGUUCGGACGAGGAGCACUAUAAAAACCACUGUGUGCUGCCAAUCUGA